AUGCUAGCCUGCAAUAAGGCAGCCUGCAGGCAGGUUGUCAGCAGUGGUCUGCAGGCAGGGAUGAAAGAUGAACUUAGAAGAUCUUUGACACGCACUAAGAAAGAUGAACCUAGAUAUUUGACACGCACUAAGAAAGAUGAACCUAGAAGAUCUUUGACACGCAUUAAGAAAGAUGAACCUAGAAGAUCUUUGACACGCAUUAAGAAAGAUGAACCUAGAAGAUCUUUGACACGCAUUAAGAAAGAUGAACCUAGAAGAUCUUUGACACGCUCUAGGAAAGAUGAACCUAGAAGAUCUUUGACACGCUCUAGGAAAGAUGAACCUAGAAGAUCUUUGACACGCUCUAGGAAAGAUGAACCUAGAUCUUUGACACGCACUAGGAAAGAUGAACUUAGAAGAUCUUUGACACGCACUAAGAAAGAUGAACAUAGAAGAUCUUUGACACGCACUAAGAAAGAUGAACCUAGAAGAUCUUUGACACGCAUUAAGAAAGAUGAACCUAGAAGAUCUUUGACACGCAUUAAGAAAGAUGAACCUAGAAGAUCUUUGACACGCAUUAAGAAAGAUGAACCUAGAAGAUCUUUGACACGCUCUAGGAAAGAUGAAACUAGAAGAUCUUUGACACGCACUAGGAAAGAUGAACCUAGAAGAUCUUUGAAACGCACUAGGAAAGAUGAACCUAGAAGAUCUUUGACACGCUCUAGGAAAGAUGAACCUAGAAGAUCUUUGACACGCUCUAGGAAAGAUGAACCUAGAAGAUCUUUGACACGCACUAGGAAAGAUGAACCUAGAAGAUCUUUGACACGCACUAGGAAAGAUGAAGCUAGAAGAUCUUUGACACGCAUUAAGAAAGAUGAACCUAGAAGAUCUUUGACACGCUCUAGGAAAGAUGAACCUAGAAGAUCUUUGACACGCACUAGGAAAGAUGAACCUAGAAGAUCUUUGACACGCACUAGGAAAGAUGAACCUAGAAGAUCUUUGACACGCUCUAGGAAAGAUGAACCUAGAAGAUCUUUGACACGCUCUAGGAAAGAUGAACCUAGAAGAUCUUUGACACGCUCUAGGAAAGAUGAACCUAGAAGAUCUUGGACACGCACUAGGACAGAUGAACCUAGAUAUUUAACACGCACUAAGAAAGAUGAACCUAGAAGAUCUUUGAUACGCUCUAGGAAAGAUGAACCUAGAAGAUCUUUGACACGCACUAGGAAAGAUGAACCUAGAAGAUCUUUGACACGCUCUAGGAAAGAUGAACCUAGAAGAUCUUGGACACGCACUAGGACAGAUGAACCUAGAAGAUCUUUGACACGCAUUAAGAAAGAUGAACCUAGAAGAUCUUUGACACGCUCUAGGAAAGAUGAACCUAGAAGAUCUUUGACACGCACUAGGAAAGAUGAACCUAGAAGAUCUUUGACACGCACUAGGAAAGAUGAACCUAGAAGAUCUUUGACACGCUCUAAGAAAGAUGAACCUAGAAGAUCUUUGACACGCACUAGGAAAGAUGAACCUAGAAGAUCUUUGACACGCUCUAGGAAAGAUGAACCUAGAAGAUCUUGGACACGCACUAGGACAGAUGAACCUAGAUAUUUAACACGCACUAAGAAAGAUGAACCUAGAAGAUCUUUGAUACGCUCUAGGAAAGAUGAACCUAGAAGAUCUUUGACACGCACUAGGAAAGAUGAACCUAGAAGAUCUUUGACACGCUCUAGGAAAGAUGAACCUAGAAGAUCUUGGACACGCACUAGGACAGAUGAACCUUCAUCUUUGACACGCACUAGGAAAGAUAAACCUAGAAAAGUAAUAACAAUUAAGCUGAGUUGGUGGAGACUCGAGACUGUGGGCACAACGUCACAGCUGAAGGUGCUAUUGAGAUCUGCUGAUGCUGUUGUGACGCCCUGUGACUCGAUCAACUGUGACUCUCUCUUUCCUGACUCCGCUGCCCCCACCACUGGACAGACCAAGACUGUGGCCAAUCUAUUAUCACCUGUCACAGAGAAAGCUCUGCUGGGUGUAACAGUGCCUGUCUUGUGUGGGCUAUCUCGGCGAUUAUUUGACGGAGGAACACUGGUUCCUUUCUGUGCCAGCCUCUCCCAGGCCAGGGUUCCCCGCUGCAGACACUGGCACUGGUUUGACGAGCUUGUGCCUAUCAGAUCCGUAUCAGCACGGGGAGGUCGAGGUCUGCUUGCUAUUUUAAGGCGGGCGGCCCGGCCAGGGAACAGGGCUUUUAUUAAGUUGCUUUGA